ACCUUUUCUUGUUGUUUUCUGUCUCUAGAGUGUGCCAAACUUGUCUUUAGUACAACCACAUUCCUAGAAAUGUAGUGUUGUUCUCUGAAUUGGAUUGGAAAGAUUUUGACUUGAGAUGAGAUUUUUCUCCUGGGGCACGAAGGGCAUUGUGUUCUCUAUCUGAUUGGAGAAUAUUUUGGGUGAUUUUUUUGGUUUGAAUUGUCAGAAAGGCUCUUUUUUUUCUGAUUUUUUUUUUUUUUAGUUUACAUGACAAGCUUGCUUGCUUAGAGUGAAGUUGAGAAACUGAGCCAAUUGGGGUUUGUUUGGGAAUUGAGGGAUGGCUGCCAGAGAAAUCAAGUCACCUGAAGUCCAGCCUGAGACACCUGCUAGUUUGGGUGGGAAUUCAGAGUCAUUUAGAAGGAAGAAACUGGGCAUCUAUUUCCUUGAGUCGGAUGAUAGGCGAACGGCUUUUGGAGGUGGAUAUGUUGGAGGAACUACACCGGUUAACAUUCAUGGGAAGCCUAUACCGGAUCUGUCAAAGACGGGCGGUUGGGUUGCUGCCUUCUUCAUUUUUGGGAAUGAAAUGGCAGAGAGAAUGGCUUAUUUCGGUCUUUCAGUUAACAUGGUGGCCUUUAUGUUCUAUGUCAUGCAUCGGCCUUUUUCCAGUUCAGCAAAUGCAGUGAACAAUUUCCUGGGGAUAUCACAGGCAUCCUCUGUUCUUGGUGGUUUUCUCGCUGAUGCAUACCUGGGUCGAUAUUGGACAAUAGCAAUUUUCACAACAAUCUAUCUUGCAGGUCUGACAGGAAUAACAUUAUGUGCAACAAUGAACAUCUUCGUGCCCAACCAAGACCAGUGUGAUCAGUUCUCCCUACUUCUGGGCAGUUGUGAGCCUGCAAAACCAUGGCAGAUGUUUUACCUCUAUACAGUCCUUUAUGUGACUGGCUUUGGAGCUGCCGGUAUUAGACCCUGUGUUUCCUCCUUCGGGGCUGAUCAGUUUGAUGAAAGAAGUAGAGACUACAAGACCCACCUCGAUAGGUUUUUCAAUUUCUUUUACCUCUCUGUCACCAUUGGGGCAAUUGUGGCCUUCACUGCAGUGGUCUACAUUCAGAUAAAGCGUGGAUGGGGAUCUGCCUUUGGUUCAUUGGCCAUAGCUAUGGGCAUAUCAAACCUGGUCUUCUUUAUUGGCACUCCAUUGUAUAGGCACAGGUUGCCAGGAGGCAGCCCUCUGACACGAGUCGCCCAAGUUCUGGUUGCUGCCUUUCGGAAGAGAAAUGUCUCAUUUUCCAGCGGCGAGUAUGUAGGCCUUUAUGAGCUUCCAGGCAAACAAUCUGCGAUAAAGGGUAGCCGAAAGAUAGUUCACACUGAUGAUUUCAGAUGUUUGGACAAAGCAGCUUUGCAACUCAAGGAAGAUGGUGCUGCUCCAAGUCCUUGGAGGCUUUGUACAGUGACCCAAGUAGAAGAAGUGAAGAUCCUUGUGAAACUACUUCCUAUUCCAGCUUGCACAAUAAUACUGAGUUUGAUCUUAACUGAGUUUCUGACUCUCUCAGUACAGCAGGCUUAUACAUUGAACACCCACAUUGGCCGUCUGAAACUCCCCGUCACAUGCAUGCCUGUCUUUCCUGGGCUGAGCAUAUUUCUUAUACUGUCUCUCUAUUACUCCAUAUUCGUCCCCAUCUCCCGACGCAUCACAGGCCAUCCUCAUGGUGCUUCUCAGCUUCAGAGGGUAGGCAUUGGUCUAGCAGUCUCAAUCCUAUCUGUAGCCUGGGCUGGUGUCUUUGAGAGGUACAGAAGGAACUAUGCGAUCAAACAGGGCUAUGAAUUUACUUUUCUAACACCCAUGCCCCACCUAAGUGCAUACUGGUUACUGAUCCAGUACUGCCUCAUCGGCAUAGCCGAAGUGUUCUGCAUUGUGGGGUUACUCGAAUUCCUGUAUGAGGAGGCCCCCGAUGCCAUGAGGAGUAUAGGAUCUGCUUACGCUGCGGUGGCUGGUGGCUUAGGUUGCUUUGGAGCCACUAUAUUGAACAGCAUCAUCAAAUCAAUCACCGGCGACCGACAGCAGAUGCACCCAUCUUGGCUUUCCCAGAACAUAAACACCGGUAGAUUCGAUUAUUUGUAUUGGCUUCUCACAGUUUUUAGUGUGAUCAAUUUCUGCAUAUUUCUAUACUCAGCACAAAGGUACAAGUACAGGGUAGCGCAGGAAGGCACAAUGGAGGAAGAAGCUGUAAGCAAGAAAGUGAAUACCCCAUCAGUGGAUAGUUAAAAUAGGAAGCUUAGAGAUCCUAGUCUCUUAUGUAACUUUCCUCCAUGAUAUCUAUUGUCAAACUGAAACUGCAAUUUUGUAUUUGAUAUCAGAUCAAUGAUCAGCAAGAAUGCUGCAUUUCAUCUUUUUAUGAUUA